GCGACACAAGCUCUGCAAACAUUGCAUGCCGAGGGGUUGAAUCUAUAUCAGGACUCGUUUGCAUUUGAAGCGUAUCAGUUCUGUAUGCUCCUUCGUAGCUCUGAGGAGAGUGGGCGAAAUGCGAUAGCCAUGGUGAUGACGACAGCAGCAGUAAACGUUCCCACCACUGGACCGAAUGCCCUAUUGUCCCAAAGGGGAAAAAACCCGUUAGCCAUAAUUUAUUCCAAUGUAAAAGACGAAGAAAUCGCCGGGGAUGAUCUAGGCGAUAUGGAGAUGUUGACCUCAGCUACUGUCCAGACGACCGGACCUGCACUGACAGCGAAGUGCAUUGCGUAUAGAGUCCGAGGAGUGUUAGCCGCCCGUCGACGCGAACGCCAGUGGAUCUAG